AUGAUCAAGACCCUACUGCUGUCUGCGUUGGUGGCUGGAGCUCUCAGCUGUGGGCUCCCCACUCACCUGCCCCAACUGAGCAGGGUGGUUGGAGGUGAAGCGGCGACACCCAACAGCUGGCCCUGGCAGGUCUCCCUGCAGUACAAUGCCAAUGGCCAGUGGCGCCACACCUGCGGAGGGUCCCUGGUGGCCAAGAACUGGGUCUUGACAGCUGCCCACUGCAUCAGCUCCUCCAGGACCUACCGCGUGGUGCUGGGCCGGCACAGCCUCUCCACCGAGGAGGCGGGCUCGCUGGCCAUCAAGGUCUCCAAGGCUGUCGUACACCAGAAGUGGAACAACAAUCUGGCCCAAGGGAAUGACAUUGCCCUGCUCAAACUGGCCACACCUGUCACCCUGACUGAUAAGAUCCAACUGGCCUGCCUCCCACCUGCCGGCACCAUUUUACCCAACAACUACCCCUGCUACGUCACAGGCUGGGGCAGGCUGCAGACCAAUGGGGCUUCUCCCGACAUCCUGCAGCAGGGCCUGCUGCUGGUUGUGGACUACGCCACCUGCUCCAGCGCUAGCUGGUGGGGCAGCUCCGUGAAGACCACCAUGGUCUGCGCUGGGGGUGACGGUGUGACUUCCAGCUGCAAUGGUGAUUCUGGAGGGCCCCUGAACUGCCAGGCGGCUGAUGGCAAGUGGCAAGUGCACGGCGUGGUCAGCUUCGGGUCCACUCUCGGCUGCAACUACUACCGCAAGCCUUCCGUCUUCACCAGGGUCUCCAACUACAUAGACUGGAUCAAUACGGUCAUUGCAAAUAACUAACCAAGGAAGCCUCUGGACAUCAGAACUGGGAAGAUGGCAGAAGCAAAAUACUAAUAAAGUGGCAAUCACCACGAUUCACAUCUUGGUGUGACUUAUUAGCAGACCAUCCAAACCUCAUGGUCCUGCAAAYAAGGACAGCAGGGCCCAGGGCCAGGGCAGGCUUGGGCAAGCCUAGCAUUGUCCAGGGCACAGCACGGUCAUCUGAACCUGAAUGGGGUCCCUCAGCAAGGAAGGCACAYGGGAAGCAGGGGUCAGAACCUGGAAGACCUGGAUCUGGCCAGAUCUGGUAACCGUGUUCCCCUGGACAAGAGACUUGCCCUCUAYGCUUGUGGUCUCACCCCUCCCCUGGGAUGGAGGGGGAUCAAGAGGAAUAAGACCACUUUCUCAAACAGGCAGUCUCCAUUAUGAGGAAGUACAAAGCACCCGAGCAAAACGGGGAGACAGGCCAGAGGGCCCAUGUUCACCUGAGAGCUGUUUGUGAAGACUAGAUAAUGCAAUAAAUUUCUGAAAUUCAGAACUCCCAGGCCCCUGCUGCCAGAGUCCAGAGCCUGAGCUUGUUGAUUUAAGAGAAAUGCCGGCUGG